AUGUCCGACUACUGGACAAGCGCGGUGGAAUCAUUAAUAUCCGCUUUAGAGGAGCACGCAGAAGCCCUUUUCGAAGCCCAUCGAGAAGGCGUUUAUGAUAACAUGAACGACAAUCGAAAUCCCUCGGAGAUCAGCCCUCCUCCAGCGUACGUUGAGUUCGAAGAGCCCCGUUUCGUCAAUCUUUCCCCUGUUGAUUACCCCGACGGCACGGGUGAAUGGCGCGAGCUGGAAGAGCUACCCCCAUACAGCGCUGAAUCUCCCCGGCGUACAAUGCCAGAAGCCCACUCUGAGAAUACGAGCGCUAGUGGGGAGCCCGAGCGCGAAUCGCUCUCGCGCGUUACGGCCGUGAGUGAUCAUACUGAUUCUGUGGCUUCUGCUGCUCAUGUCAAUGGAAUUGAUAGUUCCCCACAUGCUGACGACGAGACUGCUGAUAAUGCUCCGAGUGAUGAUGGCACUUGGCUCUUUCAAUUGUUUCAUCAGUUUGAUACUCCGAUGGGUGUCAAUGGUAAAAAUAUCCCCGGGCCCGAGAACAACAGUCCUCCUGACGAGCCGCCGGAGUAUGGAAUUGAUUCGCUUUCUGCGAUGUCUGCUAAUGAUGCUCUGAUCAUGAGCCCUGACUUGAUUUCUGGUCUUUUUUCCUCUUUCGACGCUCCCAUUCAUGUCAAUGGUGAUGCCCCCUCUCAUCACGAGAACAAUGGUUCCACCGAGAACACUCUGGGUGAUCACAUCGACAAUUUGCUUCUUGAGCUAGUUUCCGCCAAUACGCCUCAUGAAGUCUGUGAUAUUGAUCACACUGAUCAAGGUAACGGAGAAGGUGAUCUGCUACACCUCGAGAGCGACAGCUGUACUGAUCAGUUGGUGCCUAACGGGCAGUCUCCAAUCCCACAAGUAGUGGUAACAGACUAUGACGAAGAACAGUCCUUGGCUUCUCGUCGGUCUGAUGUUACCUCAGACCACGGGCUUCUUGGUCCAUGCAUUGAAGAUAUCACCGAGGAAGUGACGGAUCUGGACAUGCUCCCCGAAUUGGAGCGUAUGAGACCAUCAGAUCUGUUGCGCACCUACGAUUCUCAUCAUGGCGAAUUCGACCACGACGACUCGAUGACCACUGAUGAUGAAGACGACGACAAUCAGCCCUCCAUGCUUGAGCAGUUGUGUAAUGAGAGGUUUCACCUUCUAUCCGUUGAUGAUGAAGAUUAUUAUGCCGAUAUUGGGUCCUCGAUUGACGACGAUGAGACCGAAGACAGUUUCUUCGAUUUCCGCGCUGCGAGCCGAGAGAUCACAACCAUGGAUAGAUAUGAGACUCGGUAUUAUGCUAACCUGCAGAGGGACCGUGCGAUGGAGGUUGCACCUGCAUAUCAGGCUAUCACUGAUGGGUCGGGCUCUGGUGAGUCUGACGUCGACGAGGAGUGCGAACCGCCAUUCGAACACGGACGGCUUGGCGAUCAAGAAGAUGAUAUUCCAUGGGAUGCACGCCCGGCCUCUUUCUCCAAUAUUGAAAUCCGCGGCGAUAUUCACAGUUUCCCUGGCCCAGUGAGCCCCGUCAUCGACGUUUUUCGUGACCUAGCGUCGUCGGUAUCCGAGGAUGUGGAAAGCAUCAACUACGACGACGUUCAGGACAAUGCACACCAUGCUGAAGUCCGUGCAUUUCUGGAAAAGAUUCGAAUUGCCGAGGAACAAGAAAUAGCGGCGGCUUACGACAAUCAGGAAGCUGUCGGCGAUGAAAACUUUCAGGGUGUUUAUCGCUCUUCCCAAUCUUUGGCACUGCUGGAAGGUCUCCGAUUUUCUGAGGGAGAGGAAAUUACGGAAGAUGCCUUUCCAACUGUCCAGCAUGUGUUCACUCAUCUGACCGCUUUGUAUGAUGCUCUGUACGAUCCACAGGCCCUUUGA